AGCCUCGCCACUUCCUAAUAAUGCAUCUUCACUUUCCAUACUCACAAGUGGACUUUUGCAUUUCAUAAGACCUCAAAUCACAGUGCUUCAGGCAAGAUAUUAGGCUUGCAGUGCAGACUGAAUUGGUAGUAGUUGCGACCUUCCUCUUCUCCCUUGAGAUUAACUACUCUUGAAAUCGCUAUCCACGUUAAUGCUCAAGAUACACGUACAAGCGGCAUUAAUGAUAUUUCGACUUCGUCUUCACUGUUGAGAGAUCUCCCACAACAUUGCGCGCCAAGUCCCUGGAGUCGCAUUCACUGUCAGUGCAUUGGGCGACGAUGCCACGACAUGACUCGCCACUGCUUCCCUGCUAAAUCUCCUUCAUUCACUGUCUGGCUAUUCACCGCGCUAGGAGAUUGGUUAUAUAUGCUGCCGCACCGCAAUGGCUAGCAACGCUCGUUUACUUCUUGAUCCCAAGUCCUUGAAGAAGGGAGCCAAACCUGACGGCAUACCUCACAACCGCAGCUCUGCUUCUUCAGAGCCCGGGUCUAAUGCAGCAUCAUCUCCAAGCUUGCGCCCAGGUCACUCGGCUCUUGGUCAGAGCCCUGUAAGGGCAUCUUUACAUUACGACGCUCGAUCUCUCCUCAACCCUCGCUCCUCACAGAAGAUAUCGAGCGCGUCAAAGCCGAGGCCCACAAUGUCUGAUGCCAACUCCGGAGACAAGUUGGACACCCCGCCGCCGGCUGGGGUCCUUAACCGCGAGAACAGUGGUCCCAAAUCGAUGCUCGAGAGUGUGUAUGGCGUCGAGUCACGGGUCCACAACCCCCGCAAGAAGAUCAAACUGACCAGUGAACCUGAGCCCGAUGUUGAUCAAGCGAAGAAACGCAGCACGUUCUCGCAUCAUCCUACGAACGGCAUCGUUGGCGAGUACAUGCGACCUGACCCGGAGAAGGCCGCUGAAGCCGCCAUGAACAAUCUGGUGGAUCUUACCAACGACGAUGAUGGGGAUGAUGAUGUUGAGAUUGUCGCUACUCGUACGAUUGACGACCAAGAGGUUUGCUACGGCCACAUUUCCACAAUUGCCGCUGCAUACCUCACUCCCAAGCCUAAAUCCGAGUCCUUGCUACAUCGCGAGAACGAAUGGCCGGUUAUGAAAGUUACCCUUGUGCGCACACCCUCCAAAGACACGGUCAUCCACGUGGUUGACCCUUGGAACACCACUUUCGGAAGAGUCAACCAGGACUUUGCUGCCGCUCUAGCGCCUGCCAUGGACGGUCUGAAAGGGUUUCGGACGCAGGCAAAAUUGGUCAAUCGUCGAAAGAAGCCAGAUGAGUGGGCUCAUCAACCCUGCUCUGAACAGCUGAAGAUGGUCGUGAAUCUCUACGGCCGGAGAGGAGAUGCCGAGAAAGUUGGAAAGCAUUUUGGUCAGCACAACUUCUGGUUUCGUCCACCGAUGGCGCCAGAGCCCGGCAUUCCCACCCUGAAUCCUCAUGCUCAGCGACAUGCUAUGCCACCUCUCCUUGCCCGCAGUCCACAGCCUCGCCUCCUUCCAGACACUCGGACUCUCGAAGAGGCAACAGAGGCAGUGUCAAAACUCUUUGAUUCUUUCGCCAAUGCGGCUGCACCUUUGGCCGAGACCGAGCCGCCUUCAACCAUCGUAACACCUCUCUUAAGCCAUCAGAAACAGGCUCUCACAUUCAUGCUGACGCACGAGCGCCCAAGAACAUUCGGCGCGUCAGAAUCAGAGAACUCUUCGCUGUGGCGGCGAAAGAAAUCAAGGACCGGUGCCAUAACUUAUCACGAGGUUGUGACAGGCAUAUCUACGAGAGAAGAGCCCGAUCAAGUUCUGGGCGGACUCCUCGCAGAUGUCAUGGGUUUGGGCAAGACGCUUCAAGCCCUUUCUCUGGUUGCGAGCACCACGGGGGAAGCCAAAGCAUUUGGGCAAGCGAAGGUGGUUCGCGAAAAAAGUGACAACAUUCUUCUAAGCAACACUUGUGCCACAUUGAUCAUCUGCCCUACCAGCACCGUCAAGAAUUGGGAAGACCAAAUUGUCCAACAUAUCAAACCUGGCACGAUGACCCAUUACGUCUACCAUGGGCCUGGUCGAGAACGCAAUCCCUUCAUUCUUUCCAAGUACGACAUUGUUAUUGCGACCUACGGCGUGGUGGCUUCCGAAUUUUCUGGCAGGAGCUCUGCAAUUCCCUUGAGGCAACUGAACUGGUUCAGAAUCAUAUUGGACGAGGCACACACGAUUCGUGAGCAAAAGGCACUCCAAUCCCAAGCGGUCUAUAGCCUUGCGGCAGAGCGUCGGUGGUGUCUGACUGGAACGCCCAUUCAAAACCGUUUGGAUGACCUCGGAUCACUUACUAGGUUUCUCCGACUUUAUCCUUAUGACACAGCUGGACGUUUCAAUCAGUACAUCCGAGGCCCGGCACAGGCUGGCGAUCCCGGGUUCUUGAAGGCAUUGCGAGUUUUUGUGGAUUCUUUCACCCUCCGUCGAUUACGCGACCGUAUUGACCUACCUAAGCGAGAAGACUUCGUGGAUAGACUGGAAUUUUCGCGAGAGGAGCGCCAACUGCAUGACUUCUUCAAAGAGAUUGCGCACGUCAAAAUCAAGGAAUUGGCCAGCACCAAGGAGAAGAACAGUGGAGUUCAACACCAUGUGCUCCGUGGUAUCAUGACUCUGAGAUUAAUAUGUGCUCAUGGACGCGACUUACUCAAGGGGAAGGAUCUGGAAAAGCUGAAAGGCAUCAGUGCUGCGGAUGCUAUUGACGUGGAUAGUGAAGACGCUCUUCCAACCAUUUCGCGUCGGGCGGCGUACGAGUCAUUGAACCUCAUGGCCGAGGCCCAGCUCGACAAUUGCCGAAAGUGUGAAAAGCGAGUCAGCAGCGACACUGUGCAAAGUGAGGAGAUGGAAGACGAAGAGCAUCGCAUACGGUGCUUCGUCCUACCUUGUUUCGAUUUGGUGUGCGCGGAUUGCUUCGAGCCCGAGAAAGCGGCUUUCGACAGCUUACCAAACGACCAUCCGAUCCAAUGCCCGUUCUGCUCGACACAGAUCGCUGCUCAGUAUGUUGGAUUUAGUGGAUCCACGGCACGCGAGGUGUACGUUGCACCGGACGACAACAUUGCGCAGGGGGAUGAAGCCUCGCCUGAAGUGUACACUGGUCCUCAUACAAAGACAAGAGCGCUCCUUCAGGACAUAGCCGUCAUGACCGAAGAAAGCAAGCCACUCGAGGCUGCUGGAGAGCCGCCACUAAAGUGUGUCGUCUUCUCCGAGUUCACCUCACAUCUUGAUCUUAUUGGAAAGGCACUUAGCGACAAUGGCUACUCGUUUGUGCGAAUCGACGGCACCAUGUCACUCAACGCCCGCAAGCAAGCCAUGGACGCUCUGGAGUCUGACAACAGCGUCAGGAUUCUCCUGGCAUCGAUCAAAGCAGCCGGCCAGGGUCUGAACUUGACCGCCGCAUCGCGCGCUUUCAUCAUGGAACCGAUGUGGAACCCGGCAGCCGAGGCGCAAGCCGUCGACCGGAUCUACCGCAUUGGCCAGAGACGACCGGUGCUGGUCAAGCGGUACCAAAUGCGCGACAGCAUCGAAGGGAAAAUCGUGGAGCUACAAAAGCGAAAGCAGCAGCUGGCCGAUGUCUCGAUGAACCAAAACCACAAGCAGCUGAGCAAACAAGAAGUGCGUGAGCAGCAUAUGAAGGAGAUUUUGGCAUUAUUCAAGUGAGGAUCUGGAGCGGACACAACUACCAUAGGCACAGGUUGCCGGGUAUCUCUUGAUAUCCUUUACUGUGGCCAGCUGAAGGGCGGACACUUCAUGCUGGACAUGUGUUUGAUGUUUUCAAUACCUUGGGUUUUUGGGGUUCGGUGCUCGUAGCUGGAAAUUACUGGCUGGUGAAGGAGAUAUCAAUACGAUUGGGGUUCUCAGCGGGUUCUACUAGCCAAAGUCCUGCCACAGGCACUGCGACAUUCAGUACUUAGAGCACCACCAGAUACAAUUGUACGAAUACCAUAAUGGCUUAACACUUCCCAA